UUAUUGCUGAAGUUAUGAUAUUUUACCGAAUCUGAUUCUCUUUUAUGUCUGGAAUUGGUUACGCAGAGGAAGAGACUUCAUUUCCGUGUUCAUUUUUGGCGGUGAUUUUUACUAAAUUAUAUCGAGAUCCGCAUUUUGGUUGCGGGAAUUUAUGAUUUUUGACGCUGGGUUGACUUCAGAAUUCCAUAACUCCAGCUGGGUUUGUCUCUUCAUGAGCUUCUUAAUCUUAAAGAUCAUACUCAACUAGUGAACUUAUCUCAAUCAAGAUAAACAGAUUUUGAUGAUAACUUUUCCAUUCACUUGCUUGUUUGCUAUUUCUGGUAAAUUUGCAGGGGGCUCGUAGCGAAAUGAGUAUGCGGUAUCCAAUGUAAAGUCUUUGUGGUUUUCUUGGGGAUAGUAAGAUGGGAAAGAAGGGGAAGAUUUCUCACUAUAGAGAGAGGCUUGACAGGACAUUGGCAUCUUCGGAAUUGACAAAUGAGGAGAACCUCAGAAAUUUGGUGAAAAAUCAACUCCUAAAUUCUUCCUCCAAUGGUUUAGGAGGUUGUAGUGAAAGUGUAGUAGAAAAGAAGACUGCUGAAGUCUCCAAGUUUCUUGACAUGCUGAGGAGUGCUUCUGUAGAUGAUGAUGAGGUUUCAAAAACUACCGAGGGAUCACAUGGUGAAUGGAAAUUAAAACAGGAUAACGAAGAGUUCCGUGUUAUGUAUCGUGAAGGACCUGAGGGCACUCCUCUUCACUCAUUACUUGUUGAAGGCUAUGUAGAGGGGCCCUUAGAUGCUUGUUUUUGUGUUGCUUGGGAGUCAACCCUCUACAACAAAUGGUGGCCUCAGUAUAAUUUUCCGCCCUUCAAAAUCACUUCGUUACAAUGUUUGCAAAAGGUCCGGAUUUGUGAACAGAUAUCUUUAGUGAGGGUGAAGAUUACUUGGCCACUGUCUGCCCGAGAGGCCAUUGUGCACUAUUUUAUGUUAGAGUAUUUUCAAGAUGAUCUCAUCCUUGUUCUAUUUAACACAAUUGAUGAUGUGAAGAGCAUUGAUAAAAAUACUCAUGGGUUUAGUAAUGAUGGCAUUCCUGAAGAAAAGGAUGUCAUAAGGAUUGAGUUGGAGGGAGGGGUUGCUAUGCAAAAGGUGACCCAGGAAAGAAGCUACCUUAGGACUAUAGCACAUAUGGAUGUGAAGUUUGACUUUGUCCCUCCUUCUCUCAUAAAUUUCAUUUCCAGGCAGCUCAUUGGAAGUGGUUUCAGGCUCUAUCAAAAGGCAGUGGCUUCUGUUCUUAAUGAUAGUGAAGAUUACAGCAAGGCCUUGAAGGAGCCACUUUAUGCUCGAAUACAUGAAGUUCUUUAUUCCAAGAACGAGUCCAAGGAAACUUUGAAAGCAGAAGAGCUGAAGAAUGAUACGGCUGUUGUGCCUGAAGAACAUCUGAUUGAAGUUACUCAAGAUGGCCUAAGUGAUGUGGAACAGAAUGUUGUUAAUAUUAACCAUGCCCAUGAGUCUUUGCUGAACAGCACAUUAGUUACAGAGAGAAAAGUUGUCAGUCAGAUUGAGGAGUCUCUGAGAGCAAAGGAGCUCAGGAAUUAUUCCCGUAAUCUGCCAGAACAACAUCUCAUUGGAGGUUUGCAGGAUGGCCUGAGUGAUGUUGAACAGAAUGUUCAUAAUGUUAACCAUGCCAGUGAAUCUUUGCCAAGUAACACACAAGUUACAAAGAGCAAUGUUGUUAAUGAGAUAGAGGAAGAAGAGAGCGAUGAAAGUGUGGUCUUAGAAGGGGAUGACAAAGCUAUGCAUCAAACCUUUACCAUUAAGACCCCAGAAACUCAUCAUGUGAAUGGAAAAACAAAUGUUUCUGUCAGUCCUCUUGUGCAGCAAGCUCUAGAAACAUUAGAGAAGGCCAUAUAUAUUGUUCGUGAGCAUGGGUUUAACGGCCAAAACAGUUCAUCGCUCAGUCUUACGUAUAAAAAACCUCCAAACAUGGAAAACCAUGAUGAAAAUGAUGCAAAUUCUUCAGAAGUUGAAGUCUGUACAACAUCUGAAAAAGAAUCAACAGAGAAAACCGGUCAUGAAUCCAGAAAUAGCACCGGAAUACAAGAUGUUAGAGGGGAGGUGAACCAUAACAGGAUAGCGCCGGCAUCACCAGUAGAUGAUCUUCCAAUUGGCGCUGAGACCAACCAGGUUUCUUCGAGUUCCCCCCAGAAUGGGACAGUGGUAACAACACCUAUUUCAGACCAAAACAUGCAUGCUAAUACCAAGCAAACAAGCACAGAAGCAAAUGACAUCCGCAAAAACAAUCGAACUGAUACGAAGAAAUUAAGCCGGCCAAAAAAGCAUAGGUUCAGUUGCUUCUUCCCCUUGAAUUCUGCUUAAAUAAUGCCUUGGAAGAAGAAGAUUUUCAGCAUCAAUAAAAAUGAAUGCAUAAACCUGAGAAUGAAUCUGUAACAUGUUACACAAAAUCUUGGUUACAGACUACACUUUCUUUUAUGCAAUUUUCUGAAGCCUCUUUGUGACCCCAUUCGGGGAUUCAUUUACAAAUAUAUUUAUAUAUAUAUAUUUUUUCUUAGUUCAAUAAAUUUGUAAUUUAAGAAAUGAUUUUAAAUUAAAGUUGUUACUAUUUUGCUCCAAUUUAAAUAAUCAAUCCCACUCUGCCAUGAUGGUUAUGAUACUUUGUAAAAUCGGUUAGGCCAAA